GAGACGCAGACGGGAUAGUGCUCGAAAUUACUGCGACCCGGAACUUCUGAACAGUCAAAUUCCAAGAAGAUUUGGACCCGCUGGCAUGAAUUAAACUCAUCGGAGUUGUUCGUUUUUAAGCGUCCGCGUGCAUGGUCAACUUUAUCGGUCAUUUAUUACUUACUUUAUAUCCUAAAUAUCUGUUGCAAGACAAGUCAACUGCCUUGAAUCACAGACGAGCCAGGGAAAGCAGAAGUCUCUCACCUCGCCUCAGGGGCUCAUUCUGCAGGCAUGUCGCAGAAAGAAAGACCCACGUUCUAUCGACAAGAGGUCAACAAGACGAUCUGGGAGGUCCCUGUACGCUACCAGAACCUGUCUCCCGUCGGCUCGGGUGCAUACGGAACUGUUUGCUCAGCAUAUGAUGAAAAGACAGGGUUGAAGGUGGCUGUGAAGAAGUUGUCAAGGCCGUUUCAGUCCAUCAUCCAUGCCAAACGGACCUACCGGGAAUUACGACUACUCAAGCACAUGAAACAUGAGAAUGUGAUCGGCCUGCUGGAUGUUUUUACACCUUCCACCAGCCUGGAGGAGUUCAAUGAUGUGUACCUGGUGACUCAUCUAAUGGGUGCUGACCUAAAUAAUAUAGUGAAGUGUCAGAAACUGACCGACGAUCAUGUUCAGUUCCUUAUUUACCAGAUCCUGCGGGGACUGAAGUACAUCCAUUCGGCAGACAUAAUUCACAGGGACUUGAAACCCAGUAAUCUGGCAGUAAAUGAAGACUGCGAACUUAAGAUCCUUGACUUUGGUUUGGCUCGACACACAGACGAUGAGAUGACAGGGUAUGUGGCCACAAGGUGGUACCGUGCCCCAGAGAUCAUGCUCAACUGGAUGCACUAUAACAUGACAGUGGACAUUUGGUCAGUGGGCUGCAUUAUGGCUGAACUGUUGACGGGCAGGACUUUGUUCCCUGGAACAGAUCAUAUAAACCAACUUCAACAGAUAAUGCGACUCACAGGAACUCCACCUGCAUCUCUAAUAAGCAGGAUGCCGAGCCAUGAGGCUCGGACAUACAUCAACUCACUGGCUCAGAUGCCCAAGAUGAAUUUUGCUGAUGUGUUUGUAGGGGCUAAUCCACAAGCUGUGGAUCUUCUGGAGAAGAUGCUGGUUUUGGACACCGAUAAGCGAAUCACAGCAGCGGAGGCUCUGGCACACCCAUACUUUGCUCAGUACCAUGACCCGGAUGAUGAACCUGAGGCCGAGCCUUUCGAUCAGAGCUUUGAGAGCCGCGAGCUUGAUAUCGAAGAGUGGAAACGUCAGACUUACGAGGAGGUGAUAAGUUUUGAACCACCAGUCUUUGAUGGAGAUGAAAUGGAAUCUUGACCUUUUCAUCUGGAUUUUCAAUCUUUACUAAUUUUACAGUAAUGCUGUCAUAUUGCAGUAUUUUGCAGUCAGUCAGUAUGAUUUGUCUUUUCAUUUUUUCUUUACAUUUUUUAAAUGUUGUCUACCGAGUUUGCAGGGCCAAACAGAAAGAACAGAUGUUGUUGGAAAUCUUGCUAUUACACAGGGAAUCUAUCCAGUGAGUCAUGAGUGUCGAACCACUAAUUGUCUCUGUUCCCUUUUCAUAUAUUAGCUUUGGUCAGUUUUAUAAUGUUCAUUUAAGACAUUCAUGAAAGUCCACCUGUACAUGUAAUAUCUCCUUGAACUUAGUAUUUAGUUGUGUUGCUAUGAUAUUAUUUUAGCGAACAAUGUAUCACAUUUGCAGUAUAUCAAGUUUUUGUUGUUGUUAUUUUUGUUAGUACAUUUAAAAUGCUCAAACCAUUAACUUUGUUUACUUUCUGGUAAUAUAAUUUUCAAAUAAAAUAUUGAGCAUUGUAUUUACCAACAUUGUGCCCCUCAUUUAUCAAUUUGAUAAAGAUGGGAUUUGAUUGGAGAUUUGUAAAUAUAAGUUCCAGUCACAUAAGGUUUUUCCUUAUCUGUUGCUGUUUUAUUUCUGGUCAUUUUCCCUGCUUUGUGUUGUUUUGUUAGAAAGUGAUUUUGUGGGUGUGUGUGUGAGAGAGAGAGUGUGAGUUCACCUGAGGUUGCUACUGUGUUGUAUGUGAUCUGAAAGUAUGAUUUUGACUUAAAUAGGUGUUUUCAAAAUGUUAUUAAUUGAAUGUUCAAAUAUGAAAGUAGAGUAAGAUAUUUAUAUUCUGUCGAGGUGAUAUUUAUGAACCUGAAAAGCUACAUCUGCCCUCUUUAGCACCUGUAUCAGACAUCGAAAACCUGGAAUCAAACACACCAUUGUUUACUGAAAAUAAAG